AUGUUGCACUUAAACGAAUUGCUACUGAGGAAAGUUUUUGUUGCUCUUGACGGUCCAACCACAGGAUUAACAUCAUUCAGUGGGCCAAUAGGCAAAGGUUUGACCAACUGCCAAGACUUCCCGGUUGUUAAUUAUGACAAAAUAGAUAGCACCUUCCCAGAAGUCGAUAGUAAAGACUUAAGUACGGACCAGAAAUACCUUUGGGAUAUAUGUCAGGCUGUAGUCAAAGGUGACUGUCCCUCUGAGUUGGCCAGUAGAAACCCCGGAAACUUGUCUCACGCCCGGUGGCUGACAUUAGCAAAUAGAAUCUUACGUCUGUAUAUUUCAACUAUUGAACCAACCCCACAACUUAGAAAGCUUGCUGAGUUCGUCAUGAAAGUCUAUGCUACCUCAUGGUUUACCAUAAAAUGUCGUCCUAAAAUUAUCCAUUCAUCACAACACUUUUUCUUCAUCGUACAGUGCACCAAGUUUUUAGACAGUGAACUGAAGGCUGUGGCUCAGUCUUCCUUGCAAAGAAACGCCUUUAUGGCUCAUCCUGAACACAUCCUUUUAGGGAUGUUGUUUGACUCUCGAAAACAUAUAAGAGCUUUGGCAGGCAAACGGAUAGAAAAAGCUCGACAGACAGAAACAAGGGCACAUCGAGUCUUCAAACCACCACAAGUUAAUUUUGAGGCAGAAGACUACAUCGAUCUCAUUGACUGGCAAUCCACCACAGUUACAGAACCACCACUUAUAGCUGACUUUAGCAAAGAAGAGAUUGAGAUGAUUGUUAAUUCAGGAAGCAGUGAUAGAAAAGAGUUCAAAAUACCACUUCACACUCAAGCGGUAGAACGAGUUGUAAAGGAAGUUACUGCAGCUUCUAAGCACGUUUGUGGCGUUCAAGAACGAGAAGGCUUUAUAAGAUCAAGAUUUUUGGACAGAAAAUAUCUUCCUAAGUUUGAAACUAAGCGACAGUACACAUCUGCUACAGCUGUAUUGCAAAAAUAAAUUACAGAUCGAAGAAGCAUUACAAUACCUGUGGCUUUGAAGGCUAACUGGAUUUGUUUAGCCAACAUCCUUCAAGAUGAAAUAAAG